UUGGUGAGGCCGGGCUCUCACCUAAUCCGCUCUACCCUUUCCGACCUCUGCUGCUACAAAACCUCUUCCCAUUCUCCUUACCUCACUCCUUAUCCUCUACUCUUAAAACCCAGUCUCUCUCUCUCUCUCUCUCUCUCUCUCUCUCCAUGUCUGCGGCGGCGGCUUCAGUCUUCAAACCCUUAUCAAUGGCGAAUUGCUGCCUAACACCUCUCUCCGCAAUCUUCACACCCAGAGCCCCAUCCUUCUCUUUUCUAUCCCUCCCUUCAAAGCCCGUAAAACCCUUCCCUCUUUCUUCUUCUUAUCCUUCAAUCAGCCUUCCUUUACCGAGGCGGACCAUAAUCUCUCUGGUGGCCAAGACCUCUGACUGGGCCCCACGCCAAGACGAGGAGGCCGGUUUUGAUUUGGAACAGCAGCAGGGCGAGGAGGGGACGGAAGCCCGCAUGUCCGAUUGGGAAGGAGAGGGAGAGGAACAUACGGAGAGCGGGGGUGAAGAGGGCAGUGGGGGAGGAGACGGGUAUGCGGAGGAGGAAGGUGAAGAAGAGUCGUAUCUUCCACCGCCUGAAGAGGCAAAGCUCUUUGUAGGCAACCUUCCUUACGAUGUUGAAAGUGCGGACUUGGCUGAGCUUUUUGAGAAGGCCGGAAUUGUUGAAUCUGCGGAGGUUAUUUACAAUCGGGAAACAGAUCAAAGCCGUGGAUUUGGAUUCGUGGUGAUGAGUACCAUUGAAGAAGCAGAGAAAGCUGUGGAGAUGUUCAACCGUUAUGACAUUAAUGGCAGACUUUUAACUGUAAACAAGGCAGCACCAAGAGGGUCUCGGGUGGAACGAGCACCUCGAGAAUUUGAGCCCGCUUUCAGAAUCUAUGUUGGAAAUCUUCCCUGGCAAGUGGACAAUGCCCGCUUAGAACAGUUGUUCAGUGAACAUGGUAAGGUAAUGGAAGCGAGAGUAGUCUAUGACAGGGAGACAGGACGCUCACGUGGGUUUGGCUUUGUGACAAUGUCCACACGGGACGAGUUAGAUGAUGCGGUUGCUGCACUUGAUGGACAGAGUUUGGAUGGAAGGGCAAUUAGAGUGAACAUGGCUGAGGAAAGAUCGAGGCGUGCCUUUUGAUUUUGAUGAACCUCCAAGCUUUUUGGUUACAUGUUGCAAGCAUUACUUUUCCUUUUGGGGUAGGUUGUUAUUAUUAACUUGAUUUUGUAGCUUGUGGUAGGUUUUUGUUUUUGUUUUUUUUCAAUUUAUUAGUUGGAAGCUUCUCGAUAAGUAGGAUUGUCAGUCGGUGCCUUUGAUUUGAUAGCUUGUAAUGUGACAUGUUAUUACUGGCUGCUCUACACAUCAAUUUCUUCUCAUGAACCCUUGGUGUUUUUUUCCUCUCUUUAAUGAAAAUGGCCAUGGCUUCUUUCUUUCCUCAAA